AUGGAUUUUCAGUCAAGUUUUCCAUUGAUUAAUAAUUCAACUUACAGUCAAACAACUGGACAACUACUAACAAAUAGUGAGAUUGGUAAAAAUAAACAAGCUCUUUCUUCACAAUCGAGUUUUAAUACUGGUGCAUUUUUACGUCACAAUUCAAUUACCUUACCAAAUACGUCAACAAAAACUGAAAAAUUUUUCAAUAAAUCAUUAGAUGAUAAUAACAACGAUAAAGUACAAUUAACAGGAACGAACGAUGAUUCAUUACUAAUUACUUCAAGUGAUUAUGAUUUUUGUCGAAAUCCAUUGGUAUUAGCUAAUAUCAAUAUCAAUAUACUGUCGAAUAGAAGUUCUGCAUUUCUUCCUACUAGUGCGCGUUUACAAUCAACAUUGGCAUCAAUCUAUCAACAACGUUCUAAGAAAAAUCAUGUUUCAUCUGAUGUUACACAAACACCAACGAAUUUACAAUUAUGUAGUCGAAAACUAAAUGGUUCAUCAGCACAAGCAUUAAAAAAUCGAAUGUCCUAUCAAAAAAAAACUGAUCGUAAACUUCAUCCACCACCACCAAGUCAAUUAUCGUCAUACAAUUGUCUUGCUGGUACUAGUCGUUUAGCAUCGGAUGCAUUUGGAAAUGUUACAAAUUCUAUGAGUAAAUUGGCAACACAACGUCUCACAUUAAAAGAAACAUCGGAAAAAAAGAAAAAAUUUUAUCAUCGACAACAAAAAAUUUUAAAUAAGACAGAUUUAAAUACAACAUUGAGUAAUAAUUUAUUGGCUAUGACUGACUCGGAUUUUGCCGAGGAUAUUCCAAAUGCUCUUGAAGAAUUAGCAUAUACAGGACAAUCAACAUUAGAAAGACAAUUACUUGAAACUUUACGUACACAACGUCGACAACAAUCACGCUAUCGUUUAUUACCAAUAAACAGAGCACCAGAUUUAUAA